CUGCAAUCUUUGCAUUCCGUGUCUUCACGCUCUGCAUGAAGACGUUUAUUCAACAAACGUAGCAUUAGAACGCUGCAGGAACUGUGAACGUGACUGCAGUGACCUGUAUUAACCCUUGAGCCCUGUUUCUAUGUCCAGAGCCAUAGUGUGGGAGAGAUACCAAUUUCAAUGCAGUAUUGGCACUGGCUGAAGAUAGAAGCUUAGCAGGAGAUAUCUGCCAGCUGUCUGGGAGAUCAAUUGGCCAUCAAAUAGUUAGUAAGUAGCCUUUUUUUUUUUCUUAAUAACUGACUCUUUGAUUUAAAGGAACACCACACACAGCACUUCAGAUAUGCUAAUAUUCAUUGUAGUUUGUCCUGCACGGCUCACAGUCAGAGGCUUCUCAAUGAGAUGGUUCUAAUUGGUUAUUUACCUAGCACAGACGCUAGAGGGAAAAGGGGGAUGGGGGAGGAGAGCUUGCAAAGGCUGCAGACAAAAGAUGUUUUUCAAACUUUUUUUUACAUAUAACCCCAAUUGAAUAAAAUAUAUGCAUAUUUUCAUUGAGGGUAUUUCAACUAAAUUGUGAUUUAUUUUUUCUGCCAAAUAUGUUUAUUUUGUAAUUAAUUAAUUAACUUUUUAAAUUAAAUCCUUAAUUGUUCUUUAUUAUGAUUUUUUUUUUAUUAUGUGCUUAAUAAGUAAACUUUAUUGGAAUAUGUUUCCUACAUUUUUAGGAAACAGUUGUUCAGGGUUAUUCACUAAAGUGAGGAUUCAAAGUGAGUGUAAAAUUUAAGGUCAAAGCAGCCAGAUUGGAAUUUUUUUUUAAAGUCAGCUAUGUGUCCAGUUUUUAUAUAUAUAGGCCUUAAAUUUGAAAUUAACUGUGAAUUCCAGACAAUUCUCAAGACGGGCAUCGAUGGGGCUGGGUGGGCGCUAGAGCCCAGAAUGUGGGGCCCUAUAGCCCGGAUCUUUUUUUAGUUUCAGGGGUGGAACUUCUGCUAGUGAAGCUGCUCCAUGGGCUUCAAACUGAGGGGUCAUAUUUGGUGGCCCUCACACUUGGGUCCACUCGUUGAGGUUCUCUGAGAAAAGGGACUGGGUGGGCGCAACGGCCCUUCAAUAGUACGCCGGUCCCUGUUCAAGCUGAAGUUUAAAGGUCACUUCCUCCCAGUAUACAGAGAUCCGCACGGGAGAAAGAGAAAUCACUGGAUGUGGAAGAGGACAAGGAGAGAGCAUUGACACAGACUCCCAUCAACCUCAGACAGCCCCAGGAAGCCACCCUCUUGACCCAAAAACUAUGGAAGCAGGAAGUUGGCUAAAAAUAUGAAAAGUAUGACUUUUGUAUGUGUGCAUCAGUGUGUGUUUAUCUGUGUUGGUGUGGCAGUUUGUGUGUCAGUAUUUUUUUUUUCCUUUUGAUUUUUUCUGGUGUUAUUUUUUGUCGAUGGGGUCUUUUUAAAAAAAAAAUUAGUAGAGUUGGUUACUCUGGAUUUUGUUUUGGCCUUAUUUGGGCUGAAGAAAAGAAUAAUUAUAAGAAAGAAGACUUCUGAUUUUUUUUUUUUAAUGUGUUUUUUGAUUUAUUGCCCCCCUUCCCCCCCCUCACUAGUAUAAGGGUGAGUGGAAGUUUUUAGGGGCUUACAUUAUUUUUAGGGGGUGCUAGGGGAUUGGGGACCCAAGCCACCUGGGAGGGAUAUCCUUUUAUUUGGGGGGCUUGGACAAUGGCAUGUCCACCUCUUAUUUUAUAGUUCUGGGGUGCCUAAAAGGUAAAUUCCCCGGAUGUUUUACAACUACAGCUUUCAUGAUGCAUUGUCAUUCUAAAGGCAUGCAAAGCAAAGCGUCAUGGAAGUUGUAGUUCUACAACAUCUGGGGAGCUAAGUUAAAGGGACACUCCAGGCACCCAGACCACUUUUGCCCAUUGGAGUGGUCUGGGUGCCAACUCCCAUCACCCUUAAUCCUGCAAGUGUAAUUAUUGCAGUUUUAUAAACAGCCACUAGAAGGACUUCCGUGUUCUUAAAACACGAAAAGUGUUUUAAACGACGCUGGACAUCCUCACGCUGUGUACGAGGACCUCAAGUGUCUCCAAAAUCCCCUUAGGAAAGCAUUGAAUAAUGCUUUCCUAUGGGAGGUCUAAAACACACACGCGGCAACGCCCAUUGCCGUGCAUGCGGUAUCCCCCCGCUGGCCGGCGGAGGAGCGUCGGUGGAGCCUGACCCAGUGCUUAGGGACAACAGCACUGAAAUCAGGUAAGGCACUCAGGGGGUUUUAACCCCUUUAGCAACAUGGGGUGGGGGGGUCGCGGGGAGGGGACACUACAGUGCCAGGAAAACGCAUUUGUUUUCCUGGCACUGGAUAGUCCCUUUAAGGGCACCCGUUAUAGUUAAUAAGGGCCGAAACUUUGGGCCAUGUGCCUAGUGGGGGGAUAGUAGGGUAUAUUAGAAGCAGUGUUAACCCUGCAAUGGAAAUAUUGCAGUUUCUCUCACUCUGCAGUGUUUUACAUGCAAGGUUAAAGGGACAGGGACACUGCACCCAGAUCACUACAAUGAGAUCAAGUGGUCUGGGUGCUUAUAGUGCCCCCUUUAGUAUAUUUCCAAUUCAGCAGUAUAAUAAAUAACAAUUAAAUGACAACAAGAAGCAUGCCGUCUGCACAACUAAGAGUAUGAAUCUCGCCAAACAAUGAUGUGUGUAUGGUAUGGGUUGAACCAAGUGUGUAGAUUCCCGCCUUUCCCCAUGCAGCUUCUUUUCUGAAAUGUAACGAGAGGGGAGACAGGACCCUGCAGCCUCCAGCCUUCCUCUGCCUCUGCUUCCUGUAGCCAGUCACACACACAUACGGCAGGAGGCAGUGCAUCAUGUGAGAGAGAGCAGGGAUUGGCUGCCAUCGCAUGUCCCCAGCCCCCUCCAUUCAUGCUGCUGCCGGUGUGGUGUCUUGCUGGAGAAAGGCAGGUAAUAAACCUCUGGAGCUCAGCACUGUGCUAGGGAAGGUCUGGGCAGACAGAAACUGUGGGCGAAUUGCUAAUUGUGGAGCAGACAAUAACGCCAAGUCCCAUUAUCCCACCCACUGUACUCCAACUCCCAUUAUCCCUCAGCUCUCAUUGUGUUGCCUAAGUCCACUCCACUGCAACUCCUGAUAUCCUUCCCCAGCCAACUCUACCUCAUAUCUAGCUUUCCUGCCAUAACUCCCACUAUCCUGCCCCAAACCCCAUAAACACUUCAGCUCCCACUAUCUUGCAUCAGACUACUACAACUCCCACUGUCCUGUUCCAGCCCAAUCUACCAUAAAUCCUCCUAACCUUAUCCAGCACAUAUGCCUGAGAUCCCUUAAACUUCCCGUAGCUAAGUCUUCUUGAACUGCCACUCUCCUAUCUCAGUCUGCUUUAAGUCCCACUGUCCUGUCCCAGCCCCUCUACCCCAACUCCCAUUAUCCUGUCCCAGCCCCUCUACCCCAAAUCCCACUAUCCUGUCCAAGCCCCUCUACCCCCAACUCCCACUAUCCUGUCCUAGCCCCUCUACCCCAAAUCCCACUAUCCUGUCCCAGCCCCUCUACCCCAACUCCUUAUAUCUUGCUACAGCCCCCACUAUCCCUCCCUAGUCCAGUCUACUUAAUAAACUCCCAUGAUCCCAUUCAGUCCACUUCAACUCACAUUAUCCUGUCCCAGCCUAUCUACCAUAACUCCCACUAUCCUGCCCAAACUCCCCUUAUCCUCACAAAGCCUACUCUACCCCAACUCCUAAUAUCCUGCCCCAGCCUGCUCUACCUAGGCCCCCACCAACUUAACCCAGCCUGCUCUACCUAGGCCCCCACCAACUUAACCCAGCCUGCUCUACCUCAGCCCUCACUAUCCUGCCCCAGCCUGCUCUACCUAACCCUCACUAUCUUAACCCAGCCUGCUCUACCUCAGCCCUCACUAUCCUGCCCCAGCCUGCUCUACCUCAACCCUCACUAUCCUGCCCCAGCCUGCUCUACCUCAGCCCUCACUAUGCUGCCCCAGCUCGCUCUGCACCUCAGCCCUCACUCAUCCUGCCCUGUAGCCUGCUCUACCUAGGCCCCCCCACUAUCCUACCUCAGCCUGCUCUCUACCACCCCUUCAUUAUCCUGCCCCAGCCUGCUCUACCUAGGCCCCCACUAUCCUACCUCAGCCUGCUCUACCUCGACCCUCAUUAUCCUGCCCCAGCCUGCUCUACCUAGGCCCCACUAUCCUACCUCAGCCUGCUCUACCUCGACCCUCACUAUCCUGCCCCAGCCUGCUCUACCUAGGCCCCACUAUCCUACCUCAGCCUGCUCUACCUCGACCCUCAUUAUCCUGCCCCAGCCUGCUCUACCUCAACCCCCACAAUCCUGCCCCAGCCUGCUCUACCUCAGCCCUCACUAUCCUGCCCCAGCCUGCUCUACCUCAGCCCUCACUAUCCUGCCCCAGCCUGCUCUACCUCAGCCCUCACUAUCCUGCCCCAGCCUGCUCUACCUCAACCCUCACUAUCCUGCCCCAGCCUGCUCUACCUCAACCCUCACUAUCCUGCCCCAGCCUGCUCUACCUCAACCCUCACUAUCCUGCCCCAGCCUGCCUACCUCAACCCCCACCAUCCUGCCCCCAGCCUGCUCUACCAACCCCCACUAUCCUGCCCCCCCCAGCUCGCUCUACCUCAACCUUCACUAUCUUGCCCCAGCUCUGCUCUACCUCAACCUCACUAUCCUGCCCCAGCCUGCUCUACCUAGGCCCCACUCAUCCUACCUCCCUCAGCCUGCUCUACCGACCCUUGGCCAUCCUGCCCCUGCCUGCUCUACCUCAACCUCUACUCUGUCCUGCUCCCAGCUCGCUCUCUACCUCACAGCCCUCACUAUCCUGCCCCCAGCCUGCUCUGCACCUCAGCCCUCACUUCAUCUGCCCCCAGCCUGCCUACCUCAACCCUCACUAUCCUGCCCCAGCCUGCUCUACCUCAGCCCUCACUAUCCUGCCCCAGCCUGCUCUACCUCAGCCCUCACUAUCCUGCCCCAGCCUGCUCUACCUCAACAUUCACUAUCCUGCCCCAGCCUGCUCUACCUCAACCCUCACUAUCCUGCCCCAGCCUGCUCUACCUCAACCCUCACUAUCCUGCCCCAGUCUAAUCUAUCCCAACUCCCACUGUCCUGCUACUGCCCUACACCCACAAUGCACAACCCGUUCUACAACUCUCGUGAUCCUACCAAUUGUUCUUAUUUUGGUACAUCUGCUAACCUCACCAUGUUACCCCAAUUCCCACAAUGCUGCAAUUUCCCACAAUUUCCUCAAUGCUACUAACUACUUUCUUGUGUACGUGGGAAGGUUUAGCUGGAGAAAUGUGAAAGCAGCUUAACAGCCCAGGCCAGAAUUUUUCUGCUCCAGACAUAUGAAGAUACUUGCAAUAGGAACUGGUAGUAGCGCCUUCAGGUGUUUUCAGAUGUUAGAUAGGUGGGACAAUGGAGAAGUAUGUGGUGUAGUAUGGAAUAUAAAGAAAGAUGCACUUAAAGCUUUUUGAAGCUACCAAAUAGCUCCACUUAUGUGCAUGUGAGCCAUACAAUCCCUGCUUAAGGAUGCUUAUGUUGUCUCUUGGUCCCGAUAGGUGCUCCAGGAAGUAUAUAAUAGAAAUAAAACAAUGACCAUAUGGUGUUGUAUAUUCAGAUGAUGUUAGUUGAGCAAAUAUAAAAUGAAAUUGCACUCACAUGAAUAGGAACCUCUAGAAUGGCUCCUAUUUGAUAGCUUUAAGUGGUAUAAUCCCCACUCUAGGUUUAUUAGCUGACACGCUUCUUCAUGGUGUGUAUAUAUGGAAGAGAACAGAGACAAACAUAUAGUGCACACUGUGAUCUAAGUAAGUGCAACUAAAUUGAAAACGACUUACGAGUAUAGAGCAAAAUAGGUUUUGCUGAAUCCAUAUAGCUUAGGCCGGUGUUUUCCAAUUGGUGUUCCGCGGAACAAAAUUGGGGUUCCCCAGAAAUACGCCACAUCCAAGAUGGCCACCGCUACCUGCUGUUCCCGGAAGGGAUCGCGGGAGUGCGAUUGUCAGCCAUUUCCUGUCACUCGUGGUAGAGGAGUGAUAGAGAGUGGACCUGAAAGUUCAAGCUCUGUUAUUGUCAUUGAAAUUGUUUUGUUAAGGACAUUGACAGUCCUGUUAGGUAGGGACAUUAAAAGGCUCUGUCAGAGGACAUUGAAAGGCUCUGUCGGGGCUGUAGCGGACCUCCGCUGGUUACUCCAAAAUAUACUCUAGGACAAGUAAAGUAGUCCAAGGGGACAGCCAAACACAGUAGAAUAAUCCAUGAAUCUCCCACCUCCUCCCCAUCAACUGGACGACACUCAGCUCUGGGCAUAUAACUGGUUUUAAUUAAGCGACACACGACCUUUUAUGUCAAUCCCCAUACAAGGGGUUUCCUGAUACACAUUUCAGAGGCAUUCCCCUAGUGGACCUGAGAGUAGACUAAGAUAAAAUACACAACCCAAUUAUAUUAACUCUCAGGUCCAGGACAUAUAUGGUAAUAACACCCCAAAACAUAUAAUUGGCAACAAGAUACCCCCUCAAGUCUAAUAUCUCCGGAUAGCCUGGAUCUAAGCACCCAACAUAUCCGAAAAGCGCUCAGAUCCCACAAAAGCAACUGAAACGCUACAGGGGUAUAAUUUAGACCGACUGCAUUCAAAGGCACCUGCCCAAAAGAGUUCCAUGAAAUCAGGCUGUGAGGUCAGUCUCUUUCGGGGGUAUAAAACAUACAAAAAAUAACGAAUGAACUGUUCGUGCGUACGCUCAUCCUAUGUAUCUUGUUCGAGAGUAUGCUCCCCCCGAACGCCACUCUGUUCGUAUGAAAUCUGCUGAACAGAACUGGAGGUGGAAGUCCCAGCGGUGUUCGUGCCGUCAAGUAUCCGAUUUUAGUUCCACACACUCAACGACCAAACACUGCUGUCUUUGUUCAUGGUUAAAGAUGGCCACCGCCACGUGUUCGCGUAUACCAAUGGCGGCCACUCAGCCGACUGCUUAAAAUGGUAGUGUUUUUGCGGUUUAUGGAGGUGUGAACAAAGGUUACUGGGGUUAACAAGCGGCAUACUCCACAGAUGGGUGGUCUGGCGUUCAGUGAUUUGUUCGGUUGUCGAACAGAAUGCUAUUACGAUGGGAGGUGAAUGCAAUUUAUGUACAACCAUGUGAACACGGUGAAGAGCUGGAUAAUCCAGGGAUAGGGACAUCUGUCCCACACACACAUUACACUCUAUUCCUUCUGUGGGCUGUCUGUAUAUUUCCCCCUGUUUUUUUGUAUGUUUUUACUUAUAUUGCGUUGCAAUAUAAGUAAAAACAUACAAAAUAACAGGGGGAAAUAUACAGACAGCCCACAGAAGGAAUAAAGUGUAAUGUCUAAAGGUUCAUUCCGCUACAUGGGCAUUGAAAGACUCUGUUAGGGGCAAAAAACUGUUAACUGAUAUAGAUAUAUAAUAUCUUUAUUAAUCCGUUCUAUACACACACAAAAAAACAUUGCUUUUGCUACAAAAAUCUGAGCUGUUAGCAAAACAGUGUAGUCAGGUAGUGAGAUCUCUAUUAAAGUUUUUGUUUUACUCCCAAGACUGAGGCAUUUAUGAUAAAUUCUGUCAGAGCUUUGUAAAAUACAGCAUCCUUUGCAGUGAGUUACUGAGAUCUGUUUCAAAGUGCUCAAAUCUUUAUGCUCCAGGUCUGACUCAAAAAUCCUGCUUAAGUUAAGUUCUCUCUAAGAGCUUUAUAAAAAUCAGCAUUCUUUUCAGGCAGGUAGUGAGAUCUGUUUCAAAGUGUUCAAAUCUUUUGUAUGAGGCCUUCCCUGUCUGUAUUUCCAAUAUUUUUUAAUUAAAGUUUUGAUUUAACUAUGUCAUAUCUUUUUUUCAACAGAUUUAUUUUUUAGACUAUUAGUUUGUUCUUUAAAACUUCUGGAUUUGUACAAUUUAUUUUUAAUCUACUUAGUCGAGUUUUGGGAAUACUAUUCAACCAGGGCAAAUAAUGACCGCUAGUAAAGAGUGUUGGUAUGUACUUUCUUAAAUAAAGAAAUAUAUACAUACCGUGGUGGAGUGCUAACUCAAAAUUUCUUGGAUAUCAGGUUCACAUACUGGUGAUACUCUAAAAAUUAGAAUAUCGUGUAAAAGUUCAUUAAUUUUCAGUAAUGCAACGUAAAAGGAGAAACUAAUAUAUGAGACGCAUUACAUGCACAGCAAGAUAGUUCAAGCCGUGAUUUGUCAUAAGUGUGAUGAUUAUGGCUUACAGCUCAUGAAAACCCCAAAUCUACAAUCUCAGUAAAUUAGAAUAUUGUGAAAAGGUGCAAUAUUCUAGGCUCACAGUGUCCUACUCUAAUCAGCUAAGUAAGCAAAGGGUUUCUGAGCCUUUAACCCCUUAAGGACCAAACUUCUGGAAUAAAAGGGAAUCAUGACAUGUCACACGUCAUGUGUCCUUAAGGGGUUAAAUGGUCUCUCAGUCUGGUUCAGUAGGAAUCACAAUCAUGGGGAAGACUGCUGACCUGACAGUUGUGCAGAAAACCAUCAGUGACACCCUCCAUAAGGAGGGAAAGCCUCAAAACAUAAUUGCGAAGGAAGUUGGAUGUUUACAAAGUGCUGUAUCAAAGCACAUUAAUAGAAAGUUAUGUGAAAGGAAAAGUGUGCACAAGCAGCAGGGAUGACCACAGCCUGGAGAGGAUUGCCAGGAAAAGGCCAUUCAAAAGUGUCGGGGACUUUCACAAGGAGUGGACUGAGGCUGGAGUCAGUGCAUCAAGAGCCACCACACACACACGGAUCCUGGACAUGGGCUUCAGAUGUCGUAUUCCUCUUGUCAAGCCGCUCCUGAACAACAAACAACGUUAGAAGCGUCUUACCUAGGCUAAAGAAAAACAGACCUUAUCUGUUGCUCAGUGGUCCAAAGUCCUCUUUUCUGAUGAGAGCAACUUUUGCAUCUCAUUUGGAAACCAAGGACCCAGAGUCUGGCAGAAGAAUGGAGAGGCACACACUGCAAGAUGCUUGAAGUCUAGUGGGAAGUUUCCACAGUCUGUAUUGAUUUGGAGAGCCAUGUCAUCUUCUGGAAUAAAAGGGAAUCAUGACAUGUCACACAUGUCAUGUGUCCUUAAGGGGUUAAAAAUACUAAAUACAGUGAGAAGUGAAGUACCAUAGGGAUAAGUGGAUAAUAGGAUAAUAUAUAUAUAUAUAUAUAUAUAUAUAUAUAUAUAUAGAUAGAUCCUACAGUCCCUUAAUGCAAUAAAAAAUUAAAUGUAGAUCAAUAUCAAAGAUGACAAAAUAUAAAAUAUAUAGUGUAUUAAAAUGAGUAGAAUUUAUUAACAACUGUAAAAUUAAAAUAUGAUAAAUAUAUGGUCAAUAUAUCAAAUACAAAUAAACUCUGAGUAAUGCUCAUAUGAACUGCUAAUAUUGCUGUAAAUAUCGACCCCUUACAGGUUUGUAAGGAGGUGAGUGUAUGCAGCUUAAUGCUGCUACUCAUGAGCGCUUUUUGUUCACUCAGGAAUAGGCUGGAGUCUCUGUUUGAUGUAAAGAUCCAGGCUCCAGUAAGAUGAUCGUCUGGCAGGUCCGACCGGAUACCAAGCAUUGCUGCUUUCUCAAUAUAGUGCUUCGCGGGUCUGAGAUCUGCAUCCGCCCACCAUAUGGCGUCAACACAUCUACGCAUUUCGCCGUAGGCUUCCUCCGGACGUCAGUGUUGUAUAUCUUUUGUUUCUGGUAUUUAAAGGCAACCAGAAUCGCCUUCCGAGAAUGUUCAUUGGUCCCAGCUCCCAAGCCUCAUUUGCAUAGUUUGUGAGGCAGAGUGCAUUAGUGUUCGUUCAUAUAGUGCAAAGUCCAAUAGAGAUCAUUAGUAAGUAGUUUAAGCAGUCAUAUACAAUUCAUCUCAGAGUUCAAAACUAACCAGUAUUAUAAAAAUAACAAAUGUAAAUCACAACUCCAGUAACUCCUAAAAUCUGUGAAAAUCACAUAAUUACAUAUAUACAUGUAUAUGUAUGUACAUAUAAUUACAUAUACAUAAUCAUUGAGUAUACAUUUCAUCAUACCUAAACUUAAUCAAUUAUUUAAAAUGCCUUCUUUAUGUCUAAAAAAAGAAAAAGUUGGAUUCAAUCACAUGUAUCAAUAUAAAGUGGACAAGUUAGAAAUAUAUAAAUAAAUAAAUAACAAAUUCAGGAAUACACAUAAAUAAGAAAAAUUUUACUGCAUUUCUUAUAAAAUUUAUAUAAUAUAUCAGGGAGGCCACUAGAGAGUCCUGGGUCACUGCUACACUGUGUGCUCUGCAUGGAGGUGCUGAAUGUUCCUCAUAGAGAUUAAUUCAAUUAAUGCAUUUGGAUGAGAUGCAACUUUGCACAGCCAUUGAUGAGGAGUGGACCAACAUUCCACAGGCCACAAUCAAAAACCUGAUCCACUCUAUGCGAAGUAGAUGUGUUACACUGCAUGAGGCAAAUGGUGAUCACACCAGUUACUGACUAGUUUUCGGACUCCCCUGAGCACCCCAAUACAUUAAAACUGCACAUUUUAGAGUGGCCUUUUAUUGUGGCCAGCCUAAGGCACACCUGUGCAAUAAUCAUGCUGUCUAGUCAGCAUCUUGAUAUGCCACACCUGUGAGGUGGAUGAAUUAUCUCGGUAAAGGAGAAGUGCUCACUAACACAGAUUUAGACAGAUUUGUGAACAAUAUUUGAGAGAAAUAGGCCUUUUGUUUACAUAGAAAAAGUCUUAGAUCUUUGAGUUCAGCUCAUUAAUCCCUUAAAACCGGAGGGCGUACUAUUACGCCCUAUUCUAAGCGGCCCUGAACGCCGCAGAGUUCUCAGUUUUUUCUUACUUACCCGGUCGCCGGCGAUCGCGGUUGGGGAGACACCUGGGAUCCCAGGGAGUCCCCCGCGGCGGAUUUUAUAUAUAUAUAUAUAUAUAUGCAUGCACAUAUACAUACACACACAUACUGUCUAGGUGUAUUUUACUAUUAUAUAUAUUAAUAUCAAAUUACACGUAGACUAAUACUGAUUAAAUAUAUAUAUAAUAAUUGUUAUAUAUAUAUAUAUUUAUAAUAAAAUGUAAAUACGUUAAAAAAAUAAAAAUAAUAAAAAAUAUAUAGAUGUGUGUUAUUUUGUUCGCUAACUGUAUUGUGAUAUUAAUAUAUAUUUAUAUCAAAAUACACGUAGAAUGAAAAUAUAUAUAUCUAAAUACAUAAAUAUGUAUAUAUACACAUAUAUUAAUUCUACAUAUAUAUUUAUGUAAUAUUUUUACAUAAUUAGGUAUUUUAAUUAAUUACAAUUAGCGGGACCUGCCUGACAACCCAUGCCGAACGUAUAGGGAAUUUAAUUUGCUUGCACUAUAUUUAACCCUUUAACUUUCCAAGACACCAUAAAACCUGUACAUGGGGGGUACUGUUUUACUCGGGAGACUUUGCUGAACACAAAUAUUAGCGUUUCAAAACAGUAAAAUGUAUUACAACGAUGAUAUCACCAGUAAAAGUGACAGUUUUUGCAUUUUUCAACACAAACAGCACUUACACGGACGAUAUUAUUGCUGUGAUACAUUUUACUGUACAAAUAUUUGUGUUCAGCAAAGUCUGCCGAGUACAACAGUACCCCUCACGUCCAGGUUUUAUGGUGCUUUCAAAAGUUACAGCAUAUAAUAUAAUAUAAGCCUUGUGUUUCAUUUUUUUCACAUUAAAAUUUGCCAGAUUGGUUACGUUAAGAAUGAAAAUUACCCCUAUGAUGGCAUACCAUUUGCAAUAGUAGACAACCCAAGGUAUUGCAAAUGGGGUAUGUCCAGUCUUUUUUGCUAGCCACUUAGUCACAAACACUGGCCAAAAUUGGCGUUUUUUGCAUUUUUCGCACACAAACAAAUAUUAACGCUAACUUUGGCCAGUGUUUGUGACCAAAUGGCUACUAAAAAAGACUGGACAUACCCCAUUUGCAAUACCUUGGGUUGUCUACUAUUGCAAAUGGUAUGCCAUUAUGGGUGUAAAUUUCAUUCCUGGGCUACUAUACAGUCUCAAAAGCAAUGCAACCAAUCUGGUGAAUUUCAUUUUCAAAUGUAACGUGCUAUAGUUGACCCUGUAACUUCCCAAAACACCAUAAAACCUGUACAUAGGGGGUACUGUUUUACACGUGAGACUUUGCUGAAUACAAAUAUGUGUAUUUUAUUGGAGUAAAAGCAAACAGUAUUAUGACAUUGACAGUUAAAAUGUCAUGUAGAACUAAAUAAAUAACAGAAAUUCUUAUUUUCUCCCAUUUUUUUCCAUAUUAAAUUAUGUUUCAUAGAUAAAUAUUUGAUAUUAAAUGAAAGCCCUGUUUCCCCUGAAUAAAAUGAUAUAUAAUAAGUGUUGGUGCAUUUAAUAUGAAAUAGGUGAAUUACGGUUGGACAGACAUGUAGCGCAAAUGCCAGGUUUUGUUUACUUUUUGUUUUGUUCACAAAGUGUACAUUUGGCUCAGUCCUUAAGGGGUUAAAAAUGGGGGCAAAAAAAAAGUGUUGCCUUUAUAAUUCUGUUCAGUGUAUAGUGUGUGUGUGUGUGUGUGUAUAUGUAUAUAGAUAUACAUCUAAAAUAAAAAUAAUUAAGAAAUGAGAAAAUAAAUAUAUAAUUCCAUCCUAACUGUAUUUUGAUAAGAAUAUAUAUAUUUGUGGUGAAAGUAACCUCGCCACGGGCUCUUGGAGGGGCCUGCUGGUUCCAAAAGACUAUGGGACCUUUAAAAACUUGUGUGAUUUAUGUACUUUUGUACUGCAGAAAGAAAGACCUACAGUUAGCCCUAAUUCCCUGGAAUUGUUUUGGGCAUAGGACCAUGUGCACGGUCAGUCAAAAUAAUGACUUCCAUGGAAAUCCGAACCCCUGAACCAAUCUUGGUGAUUUUUGGAUAUGUUGGUCCCCCAGAUUGGGGCUAUCAGAGGAUGUGACUUUUGUGGGUUUUCCAUGUGUUAUGGGGGUACUUUCGGGAGGUUGUUAAGUUGUGUGUUUUCUGUGCCUGGAGAUAAUUGAGUUUGCUAUAGUUCCUGACUCAAUUAUCUCUCAGACAAAAGGGAGGGAUUACCCUGUUUUGUAUGGGUGUGUCCUGGACCUGAGAGCCAAUGUAAUCAUGUGUAUAGUUUUACUGUAGUCUACUCUCAGGUCCUGUGGGGAAUGCCCCUGAAAUAUGUAUUAGGAAACACCUUGCAUGGGGACCUCCAUACAAGGCUUGUUGUGGCUGCCAUUAAACAAGUUCCUCUUCACCCUUAACAUACAUCCUCGUCUUAUGUGUGGAGGGGACAGCUAUAUUCACUCUGGGGAUUGCUAUACUCCCUGGGAUUAUAAUCACUAACUAAGAGCUAUCCUGCUAUACUCUCUGGAGUAGGAGAGGUCUACCCACUGGAAGCUGGAUCCUGGUCUUGGGUCCAGGGUGGGUGGAGGAUGGCGAGACCCCGGCCAAGCUGCGACGGCUAAGGGUCUAUAGUGCUGAUGGUGUCUGGUGUAGUGCUUGGAGUACUCGGUGAGCACUAGGAAGCAUCGAUUGGGAGAGGAACCCAGUCGUGGUGCCAGGCGAUCCGUCACAAUAUUCGUAUCAAAAUACACUUAUGUAAUACCAAGAAAAGGAAUAAAUUCCACUCUAAAUCAGAGUAAGGAAUUCCAGACUGGUAAAUAAAUGUAAAUAAAAUAAAUGAAAAACCACAAGCAAUGUACCAAUAUCAAAGCUUGAUAGGGAGACAACCACACAAACCCACAGCGGAACUCAGUUCAUAGCAGUGUAUCACCAUGUAAAACUAAAGUGAAUUUAUUUAAGUAAAAAAAAGUAAAAUGAUACAUCUGUUCAGUUUAUAUCCACUUGGGGGGAUGGUAAGCAAUAACCUCUAGUAUGAUUAUGGGAUGCCCCUAGUGACUCUCCUGAUAAGUGAAAAUAAACCAAUUAUCUUUUUACACACAAAAAUGUACUUUUACUGGUGAUAUAUCGUCGUGAUAAGUUGUACUGUUUUGAAACACUCAUAUUUGUGUUCAGCGAAGUCUCCCGAGUAUAAUAAAACCCCCAUGUACAGGUUUUAUGGUGUCUUGGAAAGUUACAGGGUCAAUAUAGAACUUGACCAUUUCAGUUUGCCAGAUUGAUUUGCUGGGUCUGUGUUGCCUUUGAGACCUUAUAAUAGCCCACAAUUGAAAAUUACCCCCAUCAUGGCAUACCAUUUGCAAAAGUAGACAACCCAGGGUAUUUAAAUUGGGGUAUGUCCAGUCUUUUUUAGUAGUCACUUCGUCACAAACCCCAGGCCAAAGUUAGUGUUCAUAUAUAUUAUUUUUUGCCAUUUUUACACAAAAACUUCACUUUCAUUGAGGAAAUCAUCGUCCUGAUACAUUUUAUGGUUUUAAACACUGAUAUUUGUAACAGUACCCCCCCAUGUAAAGGUUUUAUGGUGUUUUGGAAAGUUGCAGGGUUAAAUAUAGGGCUUGCCAAUUAAAUUUUCUGGACUGUCUGCCUGGGUUGUAGAGCAUUUCCUUCAAAUUAUAAUUAAUAAAAGCACACAAUUACGUAAAAUUUAUAGUUAAAUAUAUAUUGAUUUUUCUCAUGCAUCUUGGGUGGUAUGUUUAUUCCUCAUUCUCGGUCCUCUCCCAAAAGCCUGAGAGUCUAAAGCAGGGGUAGUCAACGUUUUAAAACCUGCCACCCACAUUUGUAUCUUUGUUGAUGGUAAAAUUGCCUUACCUGCCCACCAGUAACUAAUUUUAUAGGGCAAGAGCUUUUUUUUUUUUUUUUUUAAAUAUGUACUUGAAUUCAUCUAUGUGUGUCUGUUAGGUGCUGUAUUUGUGUGUGUGUAAGAGGUGCUGUAUGUGUGUGAAGCGUGCUGUGCCUGUGUGAGGGGGUAAUCUGUGUGUGAGGGGGGCUGUCUGUGUGCAUGUGAGAGGGGCAGUCUGUGUGUGUGAGGGGAGUAGUGUGUGUUUGUGUUUAAAGGGUGCAUAGGGUCUAUGCUGUGUGUUGGUGGGUGAGAUGUGAAAAUAUUAAUGUGUGUCCCACCCCCUCCCUCUUCUUUUUACCUUUUACCAGCGAGGGGGGACAUAAUGCUGCAAGCCCUGCUGGUCCAGUGGUGGCAUGUUUAUUUUAGCAUGCAGCUCCUUCGGCUGCAGGCUGACUCUCCUGUCCUCCUG